UCCUUUAAUGAUUAUGAUUGAAAUGACCGAGUGACGUCGUCCUUCGCGAGUUUGAUCUCUCUCUCUCACAUUCCUUCCUCCCCUUUCGUCACUCUAUGAUCGUCGCGCUAUAGACCACCCAUUUUCCCAGACGAUACGCCUCGAGAUGCGCGGGCGCUGGUCGUUUGUCUGUUUCGAUAUCGAUUUUAGCGUGCUGAAUGUUCUAAUCUUACUAUUCCUUCUUCCCCUGCUCGUUGCGGAAAAUGGAGAUUUUCAAGGACGGCGGCAUCAGCCGCAGCCUGGGGGGGACGUUUGGUCGAUGGACCACGGAUAUGCUGUGAGUUGCCCUGUGAGAGACUUUGUGGAGGUUCAGGCAGAAUACGUGCGGUAUCCGGUGUGCUUGGGCUCGAGGCGGGCUAGUUCUGCCCCGGAUGGGAUGACUGAAAGUGCGAGUGUGGCUACGGAACGAACGUCAGAGGCGCCAACGGCUUCUUCAGCGGAGACGGUGAGUACGCCUAAGGUGGAGUCGGAGUUGGACACCGAGAGUCCGUUGGAUAAUGAGAAGUUUUUAUCAUUCGAAGAAUGGAAGAAGAAGAAUCUGGCUAAGAUUGGCCAGUCGGUGGAUAACGUGCGCGGGAACAGACAGGCUGUUGGAUCGACGGAGAUGCGAAAACGGUCUCGGCCGGGCGAGAUCAGUAAUGCGUUGGAUUCUCUCGGAGAAGAGGGAGAGAUUGAAUUGGGAUUUGGUGGGUUUGGCCCAGGUGAUUCAGAUAUCCCGCCAGUGGAGAAGAAGGAUGCCCAGUCCGCCUCCUCAUCUGUUAAUGGUGAAAAGCACGUCACCAAAGGCACUGAAGGUGAGAGCCAGUCGGACGGAGUUCCUCGUCGGGGAAUUGCUCGCCGGAAAGAUGCCGGAGUUACUUGCAAAGAGCGAUUUAAUUAUGCCUCCUUCGAUUGUGCAGCUACUGUGCUGAAGACUAAUCGAGAAUGUACCGGGUCUUCGUCCAUCCUAAUUGAAAAUAAAGACAGCUACAUGCUUAACGAGUGUCGAGCCAAGGACAAGUUUAUUAUCCUAGAACUCUGUGAUGAUAUUCUUGUGGAUACUCUUGUGCUCGCCAACUAUGAGUUCUUUAGCUCCAUAUUCCGCACGUUCAGGGUGAGCGUAGCGGAUCGUUACCCUGCAAAGCCCGAUAAGUGGAAGGAAUUGGGAACGUACGAGGCGGCAAAUACCCGGGAAAUCCAGGCGUUUGCCGUUGAGAAUCCGCUUAUCUGGGCAAGAUAUUUGAAAAUCGAGUUCUUUUCUCAUUAUGGGAAUGAAUUCUAUUGCCCGUUGAGUCUUGUUAGAGUGCAUGGCACAACGAUGAUGGAAGAGUACAAAAAUUAUGGAGACUCCGCCAGGGCAGAGGAGGAAGCAGUUGAAGCGGUUGUGCAGGCCCAACAGAACCCUGACUCGGUUCCUACCAUGAAAAAUUCUAAUCAAACACAAAGAGAGAUUAGAGAUCAAAAUGUGAACAUCUCUAUUACCCAGACGGGUUCUGGAACCCUACCGGAUGAGGAGGCCCUUGGCGCUUCCUGUUUCCCUCAGAUAAACGAAAUCGAGAGACUUCUACUGGGGAUGAGUUCCGACAAUAUGAGUUCGAUCUAUGAUAUGGCUUUAGAUCCUGAUUAUCAAUCCGAGGCUCACGAAUCUGCAGAAAGCGAAACCUGGGCAAGUAAUGCAACAGGGUCAAUCGGCUUGGAAGAUACCUCGGUCUCGGACACGCCACCUACUAUGGUAGGUGGAAGCGACCAUCAGAGAGCGACUCCUGGGUCACGGAUGGUCUCUACAUCCGGCUCCUCGAGGUCGGAAAACGAAACGAGUGCAGACAACCAGAGAACACCGGUGGUAUCUCAGCCACCUCCACCGAAUCCCACAACCCAGGAAUCUUUCUUCAAGUCUGUCCACAAGCGGCUGCAGAUGCUCGAGACAAACUCAACUCUAUCACUUUUGUAUAUUGAGGAGCAGUCGCGGAUCCUUCGGGAUGCAUUCAACAAGGUUGAGAAGCGCCAGUUGGCCAAAACUUCUAGUUUUCUCGAGAAUUUAAACUCCACUGUACUCCACGAAUUAAGAGAAUUCAGGCAGCAGUAUGACCAUAUUUGGCACUCUGUUGUUAUCGAGUUUGAACAGCAGCGACAGCAAUACCACCACGAACUUUUUGCUGUUACGUCGCAGCUCGCCAUCCUUGCAGACGAGGUCGUUUUCCAAAAGCGGGUUUCUAUAAUCCAAAGCGUAUUUGUCCUCCUUUCCUUUGGAUUGGUGCUAUUCUCACGGAGUGCUGUGGGAUCAUAUCUCGAGUUCCCUAAAAUGCAGAGCAUGGUAUCUCGAUCCCAUAGCUUCCGAUCAGCAUCACCCCCGUAUGAAACGCCUUCUCCGAGCCCAAAUUCACCCAUGCAGAGCCCAACGUAUCAAGAAGGCAACCUGCAUCGACGCAACCCGUCUGACGACCAGACGGAUUGUGAGAUAUGCAAUCAUACAUUUCCUUAUUCCCCUCCUCCGUCGUCAGAUACAUUGAGUCCGUCGGAAGAAGAGGAAAAGGGGUUGCAUGAUGUGCAUUUGGAGUAUUCUCGGUCCACGGCUAGUAAUCUUGUGCCGGAAGAAAAUCCUGCAGGUAUAAAGCGACAGAGAAGCAGUCCGGCGGAUUUGUGUGGGCAUGAUGAAGGGGAUAGUGCUGAAUUCAAGCUUCCCCAAGCCCCGUCUUAAAAAUGUUUAUCGUGGAUCUGAUCGAGGGGCCAAAACCCCCGACCAUCACGGCGAUUUAGUCUUAUCGCGCUGCAUUGGCGGGUUUCUGCCACAAUCGCAGACGGUGACAACAUACCAUAGCCGAAGGCCUAAGCGAUAUUACCCUGUGGAAGAAGCAUUUCCCUGCGUGGGUAACUAUCUUCCGCCUUCUAAUACUCCUUUGGGUGCCAGCAAGGCGCUCGAACAUCGGAAUCGUGACGCUGCAAGAGAGUGGCCACGCUUCCGCCUUAUCUCGGGGAACGCAUAGGCACUAAUAAUCUGCGCGUGCUAUUUAUGUGGCCUACAGGGACAUAUCUAGGCAUAUUAUCGGGUGAGACGAUGUCUUGUAAUAUUAUCCCCGUCAUCGUGUUUCUACUGUACAUAUUUGCAUGAGCGACGCCCUGCAUGAGGUGUGAUCAUUCUCUAUCUUCGUUUCUACAUAAUAGCAAUACACAAUGAUCUAGAUUCGUG